AUGGUACUACGUGUUCUGGCGAUCGCCCUGCUGAGUAUCGGAUAUGCGGACGCAAACAUCUGUACAUCCAUGUACUACGGCACGUGCUACGACCUAUUCAGCGGGCUCAAUGGCGCGUGUUCAGCGGGUCACACUUACACCCUUAACUACUGUGGGUUUCAACAGAUGUGCUGCUACUACAGCUAUUCACACGCCACCACGCUACCUCCCUAUGUACACACAAAUCCUCCUGUCAAUCCACCAGUAAGUUCUGGAACUUGUGGAACAACCCUUGUUGGAAAUACAGCUCACAAAAUCGUGGGAGGAACCGUUGCCCAGCAUGGAGAAUACCCGUGGCAAGUAUCCAUGCGUUACUUGGGACAACAUGUUUGCGGUGGUACCCUUAUUGGCGACCAGUGGGUAGUCACAGCCGCUCACUGCUUUGAGAAGCUUGGUAACUACGCUUCGCAAUGGUCAGUCGGUGUAGGGCUUCAAGAUCAAAGGUCAAUUUACACAACCAACAUUGUCAGCACAUCCCACAUUUAUCCCCAUGAGCGGUUCAUCGGUGGACAGACAAACAUUAAUGACAUCGCCCUCGUCAAACUGAGCAAACGGAUCGAUAUAUCGGGAAGGUACGCAAGGCCGGCCUGUCUGCCCCAACAAUCCGAUUCAUUCACCAAUGACAUAUGCACGGUCUCCGGAUGGGGCGCCACCUACUACGAUGCUAAUGGUCACGCCCCAAUUACCAACCAACUCGAGUACGUCAAUUUGAGAACCAUCUCCAACAAUGAGUGUUCCUAUUACCUCGGUUCAAGUCACGUGCACACAUCGAACAUCUGUGCUGGUGUGACGUCAACAGGAGGACAAGACGCUUGCCAGGGUGAUUCCGGUGGGCCACUUGUAUGUAAGAGAAAUGGUGUUUGGGAAAUAGCAGGCGUGGUAAGCUGGGGUGACGGAUGUGGCCAGGCAAGAAGGCCCGGUGUUUACACGCGAGUCACGUCCUUCCUGGGCUGGAUCAACCAAAAGAUGCAAGGCUACAAUUCUCUUAUUGGUUAA